AUGACGGUAAGUCACCGGAAACCGCGCCCCUCGCAGCCAAAUAAGGAACGAUCAACGGCUGAGCCGGGUGUGCGGUAUCACUGUGACGUAUGCGGUGCUGAUAUCACCUUAACUGUGCGCAUUCGGUGUGCAGGUGGAUGUGAAGACUUUGAUUUGUGUGGUACCUGCUUUUGUAUGGGAUCCGAAGUGGGGAACCACAAAGCAUGGCAUGACUAUCGCGUGAUUGAGCAGCAUGCUACGCCGGUCUUCUGCCCUGAUUGGGGUGUCGAUGAAGAGCUGCUUCUCAUCGAUGGAUGUCAACUAUACGGUCUAGGGAAUUGGAUGGACAUUGCUGAUCAUAUUGGCAAUCGAACGAAAGAAGAGGUGGAGCGACACUUCCUGGAUGUGUAUAUUGAGGGAAAAAAUGGUCUUCCUUCCGGGGAAGAACGUGCGAAAGCGGCCGUGGAAGAAUGGCGUGCGACACACCCAGUUGACCCAUCAUACCAUGGUGAAGAACAGCUUCCGAUUGUGGGACCAGACCCCAACUUCCAUACGGAUAUGAGUGCAGAAGAGUUUCAACGAGCGCGUCGUGAGCGUGUGGAGAAACUUCGGGAGGCACAGGCAGCGUUUGUGCCGCCCAAACCAGGCAAGCCUUUGGUCUCAGCGCCCACGACGCACAGUGAACUGGCCGGAUUUAUGCCAGGUCGUUUGGAGUUUGAGCAUGAGUACGAACAGGAGGCAGAGCAUGCUGUCAAGGACAUGGAGUUCGGCCUUGUGUAUUCCUUUGGCGGCGACGAUAUGCCUACAGAGACAGAAGCGCUAGGUGGAGAAGGUGCGACGCAAGGCAAGCCACGUAUGGAAGCGAGUGGUCGUGGUGGUCCUGUCAAUGUGGCUACGCCGCCGCCGGAGGAGGCAGAUGAAGAGACGUUCACCGAUGCCUCAGAAGGCCAAGCGGAGCCUAUGGCAGUGGACGAAGGGCCGAAGGCCGAUCCUGAUACGGGAGGUAAGUCGACACAGACGGAAGAUGCGGCGGCAGCAGCUGUAGCGGCUGCAUCUGCAUCCGCCGAGCAGGAUGCGACGGAGGCCACGACAGAGGAGCGCUCGCCUGAUUGGGAUGAAGAUCCAGCUGACUUGGACUUGAAGCUGGCUGUGUUGGAUAUUUACAACGAUCAACUUGACCGACGUACGCGCAAAAAGCGGUUUUUGUUUGAACGCAACCUGGUCGAUUAUCGACGUCAUACGGCCGCCGAGCGUCGUCGGCCCAAAGAAGAACGCGAGCUCUUGUCGCGUGUAAAACACUUUGCGACGUUGCAAACAGCCGAAGACUUUGAAGAGAUGUUCCGCAACCUGUGCUACGAAGAAGCACUCAAAAAGACUGUUCGGCAACUUCAGCAGUACCGCCGUAUGGGAAUCAGUACCUUUGCUGAGGCUGCGCGGUACGAACGGGAGUUGGCCGAGCGAACAAAACGGCAGAUGGAAGCUGCCGAAGGAGCCGUGCCUCUUGCUGCGGCAGGGCGUGUACGUCAUCGCGAGCGGAGUCAGUCGGUGAUGGACAAGACACAAGCGGACGACUUUUCGUUUGCGAGUGCGCCCUCUAUCCAGCUUCUGAGUGCAGAGGAGCAGCAACUCUGCUCGCUGCUGCAUGUGCUGCCGCAGCCCUUCCUUAUCAUCAAAGGGGCCCUUCUUACCUUCAGCUAUGCUCACCACAAGGCGCUCACAGUGCAGCAUUGCCAUCGUCUGUGCCCGAUGGACAAACGCAAAGUAUCGCAUAUUUACGAUUUCUUCAGAGACAAGGGCUACUUUGAUGCGGUGGCAGCAGCGUACGACCGACAUGCGACAACGGCAUCCAAUGAGUCUGUCGACUAA